GGCUGACAAACAAUUUUUGUAUUUCUGCAAAUAAUCGUGGAUAAUUUAAGCGGCUUAAAAAGUAACAUUCUCUUAAAUCUAUUAAAAACUAAUAAGAAUGUCGCGUUAUGAUCGAGCUGUCACCAUAUUUUCACCAGAUGGACAUUUACUUCAGGUAGAAUAUGCUCAGGAAGCAGUACGUAAAGGUUCAACAGCGGUGGGUGUUAGAGGAGCUAAUUGCGUAGUAUUGGGGGUGGAAAAGCGAUCGGUAGCUCAAUUACAAGAAGAACGCACUGUACGAAAAAUUUGCGCUUUAGAUGAUCAUGUUGUAAUGGCUUUCGCAGGCCUGACUGCAGAUGCUCGUGUUCUGAUUAAUCGUGCACAAGUCGAAUGUCAAAGUCAUAAAUUAAACGUUGAGGAUCCCGUUACUCUGGAAUACAUCACAAGGUACAUUGCUCAACUGAAGCAAAAAUACACCCAAAGCAAUGGACGUCGUCCUUUUGGUAUAUCUUGCCUAAUCGGUGGUUUUGAUUACGACGGUACUUCUCAUUUAUAUCAAACUGAACCUUCAGGCAUUUAUUAUGAGUGGAAGGCUAAUGCUACCGGACGUUCGGCCAAAACUGUGCGGGAAUUCCUAGAAAAGCAUUACACUGAUGAAGAAGUUGCUGAAGAGAAGGGUGCCGUUAAAUUAGCGAUUAAAGCUUUGCUUGAGGUAGCUCAAACCGGUCAGAAAAACUUAGAAAUUGCUGUUAUGGAGAAGAAUAAGCCUCUGAAAAUGCUCGAUACCCAAACAAUUGAGAAAUACGUGGCUAUUAUCGAAAAAGAGAAGGAAGAAGAAAUCGAGAAAAAAAAACAGAAAAAAUAAGACCAACAGCGGGUAGAGGUCAGAUUAGCUUUUAUAAAAAUAUUUAAAUUUCUUAUUUUUGGAGGUAGAAGAUGUAGUUUCUACUUCAGCCCGAUAUGUAAACAACAUUACAAAUAAAAUCAAACUUCGUUGCCGAAGAUCAACUUAAGAACGCGUGGUAUUUUGCACACUUUUAGCUAUGUUUCGUUUAUUUAUUUUUUUUAUUUAAUUUUCUUAUAUAACUUAAUCUGAUUCACUUAUAAAUUGCUGCUCAAUAUUAACAAAUUGUUACAGUUCUACAAAAUAUAUUUCGUAUGUGGACACAGUUGUUUCUUUACUUAUAGGUUAAACAAACAUAGGUUUGAAUUUUAAUAAAUUAAAAACGAAUUGACACAAUUACAUAAAUA